AUGAAUGUUUUUCCAUUGAUAUCGAGGUCGUUUGGAUCCGAGUUAAACGUAACAUGUUGGACAGCCGAGCCGACUCAGACUACAAACUCGAACCUAGAUCUAAAUCGACCACCACUUGACGACUUCUUUACAAUACACUUGUUUUAUUCCGAUCACCGUUACACCCCUGCUAAGGAAGAAACGGUUACUUUUGCGUUGGAAAGAACAACUGAUUUCGACCAUGAAGAUACGCAGGUAGAAGUUGAGUGGAAGAUGAUGGAACUUGGGCUCGAGGAAUACGGUGAUGAUUGUGUCUAUGAAAUGAUUCGAGAAAGCUGUGGACUUGUUCUUGAGCAAUGUUUAGAUGGACGACGUAAGUCACUUGAAUUUUUUGUCGAGAUAGUUCAACAACCAGUCGUGGAUUCUGAUAUGGAUUCUGAUUCUGAUUCCGAGUUUACGGUGGAGGAGGACAAGGAUGAAGAGGAGGUUCGUCGAGAAAUAAGGUUUCGACUAAAGGCGAGUGGAAAUCAGUUUGUUAAUGGUUAUUCAAGCUCUGAGGGUAAUUGCUCAAUCUGUUUAGAAGAGUUUGAGAUGUCUCACAACGUGACAAAGCUUACUUGCUCGCAUAUCUUUCAUGAAAACUGCGUGAUUUCUUGGAUUUUCCAUGAUCGGAAAGAAACAUGUCCGUUAUGUCGAUCUAAAGUUAUUGAUGAGUUAAUUUGUGUUAAUGGGUAG